AUGCGCUCAGUAGUCCUCUUCCUCGCCAUCGCUACGGCAUUCGCUCACGGACAAUCCCAGAACUCGGGAUACGAGGCAGCUGAGGUGGCCCAGCCCGCACCUGCAGUACCAGCAAGCUCUGGCGGAGGCGAUCAGCAAGCUUAUAACUCGGAUGGCGCAUCCGGAGGAGCCGGUGGAUCAGCACCACAGUCAAUGCGAUUCUUGGUAUUCUUGUUGGCCAUCGGUGCCGCACGCGCCCAAUUAUCGCAGAACUCGGGUUACGAAGAUGCAGAGGGUAGCCAAGUUGGGCCUUCAGAGCCGCCAUCUUCGGAUGGUGGAGAUCAGCAAGCCUACAACAGCGAACCAGGAGCAGGUGGUAGCGGAGGCGCUUACGAAGUUGGUGGAGGAUCUAGUGGAGGCGGUAUCCCAAGACCUGGAUCUUCUGGUGGCGCAAGACCUGGAUCUUCUGGAGGAAGCUCUGGUGGUGGAGCAUCUGGGUUGAUGACAGAUUCGGAAAAGGACAAAGAAAGAUUAGAGAAGAAAUGUGAAAAAUUGGAUGAAGAUUGCGAUAAAGUGGUAACACACGUAGCUUGUGUCACUUUGGAAUCUGAUUCACUUCCGGAAACUCCAAAUAUGCCAAGGGCUGUAAGGAAGAAAAAACGACUGGUACGUCGACCGCGAGGCUACAAAAUGGAUGUGGAUCCACAACCGUCGUCUUCUCAGUCUAAGCCUGAUAGCAGAAUGGAAUGGGACGGGGCCGAAUCCUGCCUUUCUUCCACAAGUGAAAGUGAUGGCGGGAAUUGUGCAGCUGAUGCCGAUGACGAGCAGAGUGACUGGGUCGGGUACGCUCCCUCCGUGACCGAGGGUGACUUUGAUCCCAUAGAAGAAAGAAGAGCUCGUCGAUUACAGCAAAAACUCCAGAUGUCUCAACUACAAAGGCGCCUGGAAAGAUUCGCUCUUGAGGGCGGUCGGGGGGAGAUGGGGAUAGAGUUCCGUAUCAAAGACCGACCUAAUUCCAUGCAGGUAGGUAAGUUUAAUCGAAUGCUGUUACACUACCGCUUAGAAGUAGUGAAGCGCCAACGCGGUACAGUAGUGAUUCGAAGAAAGAGUAACCCGUGCAGUAAAGUCCCAGAAUGUGACUGAAUACGGUUAGAGGAACGAGUACAUCUUGCCAUUUUUUGGAAUAGUGGUCCUUCCAUGUAUAAAAUUUUGUGAGAACCAGUAUCCAUCGAAGGUGGCGUUUUGUUUUUUGUAUUCAUUCCUCCAUCCAUUGAACUGUUUUUGUGCACUGAUGCAUUAUUGAUGCUGUCUAGAAUUUUGAGCUUUCUUAUCCAUGCUAAUACCAACUUUUCACACUAUGAGAUAACCUACUGCAUUUCUUGCAGCCUUCUUUUAGAAAUACUCACUUAUUUGUUCCAAUAUUAACAUCACUUUAUGACUCAGUCAAAACUUAUUAUUAUGCUUCCUCAUCAUUUUCUUACAAACACCGUAGGUUUUUAUUUGCGAAGUUCCUAUCUUACAUACAAGAUUAAUGGUGCUUCUUUUUGAAAAUGUGAGCAUCAAUCAUUCAUCCAAAAGUUCUUCCCUAUGGGUAUGUUUUAAGGUAUUUACAUGCAGAAUCCAUUUG